AUGGCGCUUCCUCUGCCACCGGGCCUGACGCCCGCCGAAGUCACCUUUCUAUGCGAAAUGGAGCUCGUGACCGUGAUACCACGCCAACGCCUCGAGAGUCUCGACCUGCUAGGAGGUCCUACACCCGCCCUCAACCCACCCCACCGCGCGGACAUUCCCCUCUGGCUCGCCCUCCUCCUCAAACGCCAACGCCGCGCCAACAUCCUGCCCCCGCCCUGGCUCCAGCCCGCCGCCCUAACCGCAAUCCUCGAGUUCGAAACCGAGCACGCCCCCGAAACCUUCUCUCCACCACCGCCGCUCCCCGCCGCGACGACCACCACAUCCCCGCCCUUCCUGCCCAGCGCCACCUCGACCUCGCCCGCGACCGCGCUGCCCUACCACUGGCUCGAGCUGGGCGAGAUCCUGCUCGACGCCGCGCCCGACGACUUCGGCGGCGACGGCAACGGCAACGGCGACACGGUGCGCCGCCUGAUGCGCGACCUGCGCGAGGUGCGCCUGGCCAAGCUGCGCGCCGGCGUCGACGAGCUGGACGGCGGCGGCGGCAUCAAGAUGAACGGCGUCGGCGGCAUGGAGGUGGCCGAGGGCCGCGGCUUCAUCGGCGGCGUCGUCGACGGCCUGCGCAAGAUCGGCGCGAGCAGGGAGCAGGCCCGGAGGGAGCGCGAGAGGGAGGAGGCCGAGAAUGGCGUCGGCGGCAGUGGAGGUGGAGGCUCCGGCGGGGGUUACUACGAUGACGACGAGAUGGAUUUGUGA